GGGUCUUAGGAUUGAUAGCACGUUAAUUAGGCAACCUGGCGACCUCGCCCUCGGAACGCGCAUAGACGCGACCCUAUCGUCACCAGAAGCUGAUCGGCUAACCGACGAGCAGCCAAUAUGGCUGCCAAUGUGCAAAAUCUGGUUCCGCAACAAAAUGCUAAUCCACCUAAUCAACCUGCCCCACGUGCACAAGCUCCUAUGUCGCCACCUGAUCUCUAUCUGUUUGAUCCAGCGCACCAUCUCGCAGGAGCAUGGCUGGCCACGCUUAGAGCACAACAGUACGACGAUCACAAAGCACAGAUCAACAUUCCGGCUCGAAUGGGAGGAGACGCUCAUCAUUGGUAUAGUACCUAUGUGUGGGUGGACCUCCCGACCUUCGAACGAGAUUUCGUGAACCGAUUUGAUUAUGUCCACCCUGAGCAAGCGCUGUACAUGAUCAAGGACCGGGUGCAAAAACCGCUCGAAUCCGUCACGGAAUAUCGAAACCGGUUCUACAGAAUGUUCGUAAAAACUGAGCGAGGUGAGCAAGAAGGGAGAGAUCUGUUCAUUGACGGACUCCGCAGCCGGACAAUAAGGGCUAAGUUGCGAAAGCAGUUUUCCCCCAUCACCCAUACACUACAACAAAUUAUGGCUGCUGCGGAAGAAAUGGAACGGAAGUUCGCGGCGAACUUCCUGGAAGGAGAAGACUACCCUAGAGACGGAGAUUCGACCGAGCUCGCUCGAGCAAGAGCGGAGCUGGCUGCUUUACAGAACAAAUUUGAAAACAUGGGGUUUGUAUCAGGACCUGUCACCGAUAUGGAACAGAUAGGCCCCAAACGAGUAGUCCUAAGUGAGACUCCGAGCAUCUCUGCUCCUAUGAUGCCCCCGCCCGUCAGGGCAUUACCCCCGCCACCGGUUGAGGCUCCUGUACGAUCAAACGAAUCGGCGACCAUUUUCGAACUAACCAAAACCUUCAUUCGUUUGAUCCAAGAAAGCAAAAAGGAGCAGCGAGAGCACAAUACUCGGUUGGAAGCCAUGAUGAGGAACAUACGACCUAUUGCGGUACGCGCCCCUCCGAUGCCGCAAGGAUUAGCCCCGGCCCCUGCGCUCGGAAGAGUUGCGAACAAUCUGAAUCAAACCUGGACUUCGAACGGCGAUCGAUCGUCCUCCGAAAUACAGGAGGAAAACCCUACGCAGUGCCCAUGCGCGGUUCCCCGGGUUUCGCCGAUGAUGGCAGGGACUCUCCGCAUGAUCUCCUGGGAGAAAUCCUUAGAAGGAGAGUCGUCAACAGAUGAUGCGGAAAAUAGUGACGAGGAUGAUCCAGAGAUCUUGAAAUUAGCACGACAACGUGUUUGUUACCCGCCGCCCAAAACGAUAGCUAGAACGAUGCAACUAACCAGCCGAAAGAUUCAAAGGACCAAGGCGAUGAUCUUGGGUGAGCCCCUCGUGCAGAUUUCAAGGAUGGUCGAUUCUUUGGAACCCCCUCAAACUCUGUACGAAGGAAUCACACCUCUCUUCGCCCGGUACAGCGACAAGAAGCAUUACUGUGACAUUACGGCUCUACCCAAGUCCUUACUAACCUCGGCCAAAGAAGUGAGAUUGUUACGCUUAGGGGCGGAAGCAAGCUCUCUAGAACCCCCUGGGCGUUUUGAAGCGGAAACCGACGAACAGGGGAUAAAGAUCACAACCAAGGAAGUGCCAUGGCAGGAUGUUUGUGACGGGAUUACCCCGGAAGGACACGUGGCAAUCGGAGAAGAAGAUGCUCAGAUGAUGGCCACGGUGUUCUCCUGGCAAUCGGAUCAUUCAUUCAUCUCGGCGCCUCCACCCGAUUUGGCAAAACAGGCGAACACGAAACAGAUUGACGUUCGGAUCUGGGACCAACUUUUUGAACUACACGUCCCACAAUAUGUGCCGGAUGAAAUCCACCAGAUUACGCUUGAGAAGAGCGAAUUUUUCCUCUCAGAAAUUUCGUUCUUAGGCUAUGUCGUGACAUGUGGAGGAUUGUGGCCAGACUCGAAAAAAGUUGCGGUGGUGAAGGAAGCUCCGGUUCCCACGUCACUGACGCAGGUUCGAGCCUUCUUGGGACAGGCGUCGUACUACUGGCGCUUCAUCAAGGGCUUUGCCGCGAUUGCACAACCACUAACGAAUCUGUUACCGAAGGACCAGCCUCUCAGCUGGGACGCGGAGUGCCAGCAGGCCUUUGCAACCCUUAAGGACACUCUAGCGACGACCACUAUUUUGAUUCGACCGGACCCCUCGAAGCAGUUCAUUCUCAUCACGGACUGGCAACCGGAAGCUAUUUCCGCUAUUCUAGCGCAGAAGGGGAACGAUGGUCGCGAACACAUCAUCGAGUAUGCGUCACGAACCGUGCCGGACGAACGAAGGAACGACUCAGCACCUCAAGGCGAAUGCUAUGCAGUGAUCUGGGGAAUCCAGCACUUCCAUCCGUAUCUCUACAGACAAAAGUUUCGCCUCGUGACGGAUCACGAACCUCUGCUAGCUUUGAAGAAGCUCACCAACUACACAGGCAUGAUUGGCCGUUGGGCGGUGCGACUGCAGGAAUACGGCUUCGAUAUCGUCCAUCGAAAGAUAGAGCGACACGGCAACGCGGAUGGGCUGACACGUCUGCAUCGACCUGCCAAGGUACCAAAGGGCGAGGAAAUUACCCCGUGGAAAGAGCCGGACUUCACCAACGAGCCGAAGUACGGACAAGUGGCAAUUCUUCCACAAUUUGUCGAGCUCUCGUUUUGCCUGCUACAAGUGGAUUUGAACUGGACGUGGGAAGGCGAUCAGAGGCCCGCGUCGGAGAUUGUAGAGUUGCUCGUCAUUGCGUGGAGGACCAACGUGGCGGAAGAUCUUUUGGGAUUCGUCUUUGGAGCAGUGGAUCGGGGAAACCGAUCACAGAUCGUGCGCGAACUUACGAUCAUGAUCAUGCGAUUGGCCGACGAACUCCCUCUCGACAUCGUCUCUCAAAGCGACGAAGAACCCGUGCCACAUACCCUCUCAAGGACUCUCGCCCCGAGCCUCCAGUGGUCGGCUUGUAUCGAGGAGCACUGGGCGGACGACUGUUUUCCCUCCCGUAGCGAGUACCUGGACAUCCACAGCCUGACUAAUCCCCGCUUCUUUCGGCAACCAACGGCUUUCGAGUGGGCGGCGCUGACAGCAAAAGAGGAGGCCGAAGAGGAAUCGGAAGGAGAAUUGAGGAGAGAGGCCGGGGAAGCAGCGGCCCGAUUGGCCGAGGACGAGGAAGAAGAGCGCGAAGCAGAAGAAGAGUCGGCGGAAGCUGAAGAAGAAGAAGAAGAAGAAGAACAAGCAGAGGAGGAGACUUCGGAGGAAGAGGAAGAGGCCUAUAGCGAGUACAGCAAGGGCGAGCAAAGUGAGGAGGAGGACAAAGACGACGAAGAAGUGGAAAGUGGGGACGACCAGGAGCCAACGCACGACAAGCUCGAGUACGGUCUGUACGAGUUUGUGGUGAUGCCUUUCGGCCUUUGCAAUGCUCCUGGCACCUUUCAGCAUGCUAUGAAUCACAUCUUCCAUGACUACUUGGAUAAGUUUGUCAUCGUGUACCUCGAUGACAUACUUAUUUUUAGUAAGACUGUCGAGGAGCACGUUGCACAUUUGGACAAAGUCCUUAGUCUCCUGCGACAGCACAAGUUCAAGAUCAACGGUGAGAAAUGCGAGUUUGGUCGCACCCGUGUCUUGUACUUGGGUCAUGAGAUCUCCGCGGAAGGGUUGAAGCCCGAUGACGCGAAGGUGGCCAGCAUUCGUGAUUGGCCACGUCCUCAGUCUAUGACUGAGAUGAUAUCUUUCUUAGGAAUGACAGGCUACUAUAGGACCUUCGUUAAGAACUAUAGUAUAGUGGCCGCUCCUUUGACUGAUCUGACUCGCCUUGACACCCCAUGGGAGUGGACAGAUGAGUGCGAGGCUGCUUUCAAACAUCUGAAGCAUGCGUUGAUGCACUACGAGGUCUUGAAACUUCCUGAUCCUGAUAAGCCGUUUAUAGUCACCACGGAUGCCAGCCAAUAUGGCAUUGGCGUCGUGCUCUCGCAGCAGGACGGGCCAAAGUUGAGGCCUGUAGAGUACAUGUCCAAGAAAAUGUCGUCUCAGAAGUUGGCUAAGUCCACCUAUGAGAAGGAACUCUAUGCGGUUUACAAGGCUCUGACCCAUUGGAGGCACUAUCUCCUUGGGAGGUUCUUCAUCCUCAAGACUGAUCAUCAGACCCUGAGAUGGAUGAGAACUCAGCCGGUACUCUCAGACGCUCUCAAGCGUUGGAUCGAAGUCAUUGAGCAGUAUGACUUUGACCCUCAGUAUCUGAAAGGGGAGGACAACAAGGUUGUUGAUGCCUUGUCGCGUAGGCCUGAUUUCUCAGUCUGUCAGAGAGACAAGCCACGUACACAGGCUCCUCUUGGGAUCUUGAAGCCGCUUCCGAUUCCGGAAAAGCCUGGUGAGAGCCUGUCCAUGGAUUUCAUGAAUACUCUGAUCACCAGCAAGAGUGGAAUGCUCUACAUCUACGUCAUUGUGGAUAGAUUUAGUAAGUUUGCUAGAUUAGUAGCGAUGCCGACAACAACUAAAACGGAGUAUGUCACUAAGAUGUUCAAAGAGAAUUGGGUUAGAGACUUUGGAUUAUCUAAGUCCAUAGUUAGUGACAGGGAUGUCAGAUUCACAAGUGAGUUGUGGAAAGCAGCAGCUGUAGAGCAAGGUACUCAGCUGCAGAUGACAUUGGGCAAUCAUCCUGAGGCAAACGGGCAGGCUGAACACAAUGAACCGCGCUGCACUGUGGACGACGAUGUGGGACUGUGGCAGCAUGCUGGUGCUUUCUGUUCUGUGCGCCAGGCAUUGCUGAUGCGGCGCUGCCACUGGCCUACCCUGCUGAUGUGUCGAAUGCCAUUUGUCUACAUUGCUAAUUGCCACGUAAGCAGUGCCACGUCAGCAGUGCCAUGUCAGAGACAGUGCCAAGUAAGCAGUGCCACGUCAGCAGUGCCACGUCAGACACAGUGCCACGUAAGCAGUGCCACAUCAGCAGUGCCACGUCAACAGUGCCACGUCAACAGUGCCACGUCAGCAGUGCCACGUCAGACAGUGCCACGUCAGCAGUGCCAUGUAAGCAGUGCCACGUCAGACACAGUGCCAUGUAAGCAGUGCCACGUCAGACACAGUGACACGUCAGCAGUGCCACUUCAACAGAGCCACGUCAGCAACAUGACGGGCCUGCCGGGCCAACUGGCCAAUGAGCCCAUUGCCGACUACAAAAAGCGCUUCCAGGCUCAGCUCGCUGCAAUCGAGGCUGAGGAACAACGCCAGCUGGCAGUCAAGGCUGCCCAGCUACAGGCUGAAGAAGCGGCAACAGCAGAGAAGCUGCGGCUACAGGCCGAAGCAGACGCAGAUACCCAGGCUCACCGCAAGGAAGCCCAGGAWCUGCUGCUGCGGCAUGAAGCCAACAGCAUCGAGAGACUCAAGUAUUGGCACUUUGAACCGAACGGCGACGAUUCAACACCGGAAGAACAGCAUAAGGAGUUCAUGGCCAAGCUCGUGACCAGGUUGGUUUACACAUGUAACCACCUACAGUCCGAGCUGGCGAACCUCCAGCGGGCCGUGCGGAACCAUAAGACUCAGCACGAGGAUGCCACACGGGCACUGGAUGCCCGUGUACACGACUUGGAACAAGUUCCACCAAGACCGGAUGUUGGGGCUUCCAGCAGUGCAUCUUCUAGCCGCCAACUGGAGGAACGCGUUGACCACGUAGUGGAAAUGCUCGGCGACAUCAGCACCUUCGUUGCGCCGACCACCAUCAGCAGUCAGCUGCAUACCUUGAAGACCGAGGUCCAGCAGUUGCAGUCGACGAACGCGGAUGACAAUCCGAAGAUGUACAAGAUGCCAACUUUCCAACUGGACAAGUUUGACGACUGCACACAGCAGGACCCGGUCCUCUGGUGGGAGGCAUUCACGACGCAACUCGGGAUUCUGCCUGACGCCAAGCAUGCGUACAUCGGCGCCCUGUUCCUGAACUCAAAGGGCGGAUGCCAGACCUGGUUGAGCCACCUGGCAACCUCCCACGGCGUCGACAUACCGGACUUGAAGGACAAGAUCACAUGGGAGGAACUAACACGGCUGUGGAAAAAGCUGUUCAUCGUCGACGACGCGCCGACACUCGCCAUCAACCGUCUGUUCACCAUGUCACAGGGCAACACUUCAACAUGGGACUGGCUCACGGAGUGGCAAAAGAUUGCAGCAGUGCCCAAUCUGGACUUGCCAUUCAUACAUCUCAGACGUGAGUUCUACAACAGAUCCUGCGCUGCAUUGAGCCAGGCUCUUGGUGAUCGCGAGCAGAACUCCACUUUCGCCGAGAUUAUCGACAAGGCAAGAGAGAUCAUCAAGACCAACAGGUCAGCUGCACACGAGAAAUCAACAUGGCAGCCGACCUAUGUGGAGAAGGUACGAACUAGUCCGCGACAGCAGCACUUCGCUGCAGUCCUGUCGGACAGUGGAGAUAACCCAGCAGCCACUCCAACAUCAAGUGACGGAGAUCAGGUGGCUCCUGUCCAACCGCCAAGCAGCAACAAGUCCCGCAACAAUGGGAAGGCGAAAUCCGCAUCGCAGGCCGGAAAUGGACAGCCACUCGGGAAACUGAGCUCCGCGGAAGGUGAGGCGACUCCACCUUCUACUCCGCCAGAUUCGGCCGCCUUGCUAGCAGCCUCCUGCACAUCUGGGGAGAACGCAAAUGUCGCAAGUUCUCAUUACACUUACGAGGAUUAUGCUGUCCACUUGGUUCCACCGCUGGACCAACCGCCCCACGUACAACAAUCCAUCGCAUGCAUGGUUUCAUCACCAUCGGCAACCGAUUCGGCAGCUUCGCCGCAAUCUAUCGCCGGGGAUUCGACGUCAUGGUCAAGACUUGAAGAGCUCGACCCAUUGACAUUCACGGACUUCCAGUGGAUGCCCGUUCCCUCGACCGGACGAUUGCCGAAACCGCAUUGCAACGUGCUCAUGGCACAAUUGCGGGAUUACUUGCACACUGCAGGCCCAGCUCCGUUGAUGGACGCCGAAGCAGAGGUUGUCGACCUUCACGCCUACAUCGCGAAGAUCGACCGCCAGUUUAAGAUGCAACGGUACGACGACAUCGACGCACCAUUGCUAUAUGUACGCAUUCGAAUCGGAGAGGCGACCUGCAACGCCUUGAUCGAUUGCGGAGCAUCUCGCAACUACAUCAGCCAGGACUUCAUGCGACUGGGCGGCGCCAAGUUCUUCUCCAAGCUGGACCUCAAGUCGGGAUAUCACCAACUCGAGAUUCGCAAGGAGGAUCGCUACAAAACCGCAUUAAAGACACGGUAUGGGCAUUUCGAAUGGCUGGUUAUGCCAUUUGGUCUUACGAAUGCCCCGACCACUUUCCAAGCGGCUAUGACAACGGAGUUCCGACACAUGCUGGAUCGUUUCGUACUUAUCUACCUUGACGACAUUCUGGCUUACAGCUGGAGUUUGGAGGAGCAUGUCGAACACCUGCGCACCGUUUUGGAGCGGCUACGACAAGCCAAGUACAAAGCCAACCGCGACAAGUGCGAAUUCGCGCGGCAGGAGCUGGAGUACUUGGGACACUAUGUGACGCCGCAAGGCAUCCGUCCGCUUGCGGACAAGAUCGAGGCCCUACGAGUAUGGCCCGAGCCCACCAACACCACGGACGUUCGUUCAUUCAUGGGGUUGGCGGGCUACUAUCAGCGAUUCAUCACCGGAUACUCCAGGAUUGCUGCACCUAUGACGAGGUUACAGUCGCCAAAGGUGCCAUUCGUAUUCGAUGACGACGCACGCCGGUCAUUCCAAGCGCUUAAGACGGCUAUGCUCAUGGCACCCGUCCUUAGCAUCUAUGACCCCACCCUGCCGACGCGAGUGACUAUGGACGCUUCCGGCUAUGGCAUUGGGGCAUCGCCAAAGGUGCCAUUCGUAUUCGAUGACGACGCACGCCGGUCAUUCCAAGCGCUUAAGACGGCUAUGCUCAUGGCACCCGUCCUUAGCAUCUAUGACCCCACCCUGCCGACGCGAGUGACUAUGGACGCUUCCGGCUAUGGCAUUGGGGCAGUCUUGGAACAGCACGACGGUGACGACUGGCACCCUGUGGAGUAUUUCAGCCACAAAGUGCCUCCCAUCAACUCGCUUGAUGAUGCAAGGAAGAAGGAGCUUCUCGCAUUCGUCAUGGCUCUCAAGCGAUGGCGGCACUUCCUCCUUGGGCGUCGUAGGUUCACAUGGGUUACGGACAACAAUCCAUUGACCUACUACAAGACGCAGGAUACGGCGAGCAACAUGAUCGGACGAUGGAUGUACUUCAUCGACCAGUUUGACUUCACACCGAAACAUCUACCCGGCCUCUCAAACCGCGCAGCAGAUGCACUCUCGCGAAGACCAGAUCUUUGCGCUAUGACACAUCAUGCCUUCGCAUUCGACGAGGAACUCCAGCGACACUUCAUCCGGGCAUAUGAGUCUGAUCCGGACUUCGCCACGAUGUACGCACAACUAUCUUCGGAUCACCCGCCGGCCAGCCACUAUCGCAUUGCCGACAGAUACUUGCUCCUCCACUCGAGAGGCAAGGAAUUAUUGUGUGUCCCAUGCGACCAUCGUCUUCGGACUCGCCUCCUCGGCGAGUAUCAUGAUUCACGACUCGCCGGCCAUUUCGGAGUCAACCGAACUAUUGCACGGCUUCGACAGCGAUUCCGAUGGCCCGACCUCAUUACCGAUGUCACUCGGUAUUGCGACUCGUGCGAAGUUCGCCGACGCAGUAAAACCCGCAACCGCAAUCCCUAUGGCGAGUUACACCCGAUGCCUAUCCCACGGGAAACCGGUCUCUCCAUUGCCAUGGACGUCACCGGUCCAUUUCCUCGCGACCAGCUCGGGCACGACGGCAUCCUCACGGUUGUGGACCGAUUGAGUAAGUACGAGCGUUUUUUCCCUUGCAAGUACUACUCCACGGCUCCGAAGCUGGCACGCCUCCUGCACACUGGUUGGAUUUGUGCCCACGGUGUACCAGAAGACAUUGUCAGCGACUGCGACACUCGUUUCAUGUCGGCGUCUUGGACUGCUCUCAUGCAGGAGUCCGGCACAACAAUGAAAUCAAGUUCGGCUCGGCAUCCUCAGACAGACGGGCAAACGGGGCAGGCACAUCAAACCGCUCAAAUGAUGCUUCGUACGCUCAUCCGUCUGGACCAGAAAGAUUGGGUUGACCGCCUCCCCGACAUCGAGUUCGCCUACAACACUUCGGUGCACCCAGCGAUCGGCGUGACUCCGUUCGAGUUGCACCACGGUGGACGGAAAGGUCGUAUCUUCGCCGACCUUUUCCUCCCUCGACCAGCCGACAUUGACGCUGCCUGCUCUCCCGCUUCCGUCCGGAAGUACAGGGAAUUGCUGACUCAAGCCCGCGCAAAUAUGCAAAAGGCUCAAGUCCGCAUGCAGCAGCAAGCCAACAGGCGUUGCCUCCAGACUGUCAUUGUUACUCCCGCCGUUUACCCCCAAAACAUGAGGGGCGGUGUUUUGCCCAUUGGUAUAAAGACGACGAGGACGAGGCUGAGGUGGAGGAGGAGGAGAAAGGAAGAGGCGAUGGAGGACGAAGAAAAGGAGGCGGCGGCGAUGGAGGAGGAAGAAGAUGAGGAGGUGGAAGAGGAGGAGGAGAGGAAGAGGAGGGGGAGGCGAAGGACAAGGAGGAGGAAGAGGAGAAGGCAAUGGAGGGAGAAGAGGAGCACGAGGAAGAGGAAGAGGAGGAGGACAAGGAGGAGGAAGAGGCGAAGGACAAGGAGGAAGAGGAGGAAGAGGAGGAAGAGGAGGAAGAGGCGAAGGACAAGGAGGAGGAAGAGGAGCACGAGGAAGAGGAAGAGGAAGAGAAAGAGGCGAUGGAGGAGGAAGAGGAGGAGGAGGAGACGAGGAGGAGGAGGAGGAGGAGGAGGAGGAGGAGAAAGAGUGAGGUGGAAGACAAGGAGGAGGAGGAGGAGGAGGAGGAGGAGGAGUGAGGUGGAAGACGAGGAGGAGGAGGAGGAGGUCAAAGACGAGGAGGAGGAGGAGGGAAGGAGGAGGAGGAAGAGUAGGAAGAGGAGGCUCACCUUAGUAUCACGUAGAGGAGCAGCUCCUAGCAAUGGCUCCAGCAGAGGCGGCUAUGCCUGGAGCAAUGGAACAGCACGGCAGCCGGGCAGCGAGGCAGCGAUGCAGCGAGCAGCGGGGCAGCGAGGCAGCGAUGCAGCGAGCAGCGGGGCAGCGAGGCAGCGAUGCAGCGAGCAGCGGGGCAGCGAGGAGGAAGAGGAGGAGGAGGAGGAGGAGGAGGAGGAGGAGGAAGAGGAGGAGGAAGCCAAGGAGGAAGAGGAGGAGGAGGAGGAGGAGGAGGAGGAGGCUCACCUUAGUGACGGGUAGAGGAGCAGCUCCCGGCGAUGGCUCCAGUGGAGGCGGCUAUGCCUGGAGCAGUGGAACAGUGGGGCCGUGGGGCAGCGGGGCAGCGGGGCAGCAAGUGCCGAGCAGC